GUUAAUAUUGUUAUGAUUUAUUCGUUACUGUAAUCAAAUUCUUAUAUGCUCUAAAUUAUGCACUCUAGAAUAAUCAUUUGCUGUACUGAAUCUCGACGUCUAAAUUGUGGCAUUGUGACUACGGAUUGCUUAAGCCACAAUUCGAAGGCAGGCUCUAGUUACGCUGCGCCACGAAAUGCAUCACAUGCUACAGGCAUCCCCACCGCGCGAAGGGCUACUCUACGUUCAAUAAUCUCAUCCUACACUUCAUCCUGGUAUAGAAUUGUGAUUUCUCGACGUUGGAUAAUCUUAUCCUACACUCCAUUCUGGUCUGAAAUUGUGAUUUUGAUCUCACGUCAACUUCCUCAGACACGUGAAAUCUCUAGCCGUUCGAAAUUAUGCGUCUUUUAGAGAUGAAAAGCCCGGGCGAAUUCAGCCUGAUCCAUGUUGCCACCCAUGAUACCCUUCCCUACGCAAUCCUUUCACACACUUGGACAGAUCAAGAGGUCACAUAUCAAGAUCUAAUAAGUGGUACUGGGAAAAGCAAGUCUGACUACGAAAAGAUCAAGUUUUGUGGAGAACAAGCGGCUAAAGAUGGCCUUCGAUAUUUCUGGGUGGACACUUGUUGUAUUGACAAGUCGAAUCUUACUGAGCUUUCGGAGGCUAUUAAUUCUAUGUUCCGCUGGUAUCGAAAUGCGAAGAAAUGCUAUGUAUAUCUCACGGAUGUAUCGACCUCUGGCGAUGACGUAUAUGUCCAAGCAAACCAGAGCACGUGGGAAGUAGCCUUUCGGAGUAGUAGAUGGUUUACUAGAGGCUGGACACUUCAAGAACUUAUUGCUCCAGCGGAAGUCGAAUUCUUCUCUCGAGAGCGCAAGCUACUUGGUGACAAAAGGUCACUCGAAAAGCCAAUUUAUGAGAUUACCCGAAUUCCAUUUCAGGCUCUGCGAGGGGAUCCUUUCUCUGAUUUUAGUAUCGCUGAGCGGAAAAGAUGGGUAGCACAACGCCAGACAACCAAAGAAGAAGACCUGGUUUACUGCCUGUUAGGCCUCUGCGAGGUGUCUAUGCCACCAAUCUAUGGCGAGGGAAAGGAGGCCGCACUGAAAAGGCUCGAAAUGACAGUCAAGGGGUUCUCCACUAACGAGAGCGAGGCGAAAGAUCUUAAAGAUAAUACCGCUUCGUUUAUUGUCCCAUUCGACAGAAAUCUCAACUUUACCGGUCGUGGAACGAAGCUUACCGAGGUGGAAGCAAAACUAUUUACAGGAGGUCGAGUGACAAAAGUUGCCAUCACAGGGCUCGGGGGAAUAGGCAAGACCCAGCUGUUGCUUGAGCUUGUCUACCGAAUAAGGGAUAGAUAUAAGGAUUGCUUAGUGAUCUGGAUACCCGCAACCAAUACAGAAAGUCUUCAUCAAGCAUAUCGAGAAGUUGCCCGCCAACUCAAGAUCCCCGGCUCGGACGAGGAUAAGGCCGAUGCAAAGAAACUCGUGCAAGAUUACCUGAGCAAAGAAAGCGCAGGCCGGUGGCUCUUAGUUUUCGAUAAUGCUGACGAUGUCAAUAUGUGGAUCACCGUAUCUAGGUCAGGAUCUGGCCGUCUAAUCGACUGCCUCCCACGAAGUGAGCAAGGAUGUAUCGUCUUCACAACGCGCGACAGGAAGACUGCCGUUAAGCUUGCACACCAAAAUAUCGUAGAGGUACCGGAGAUGGGCGAAGACGUAGCGAUACAGCUGCUCCAGAAGUGUUUAGUUGAUCCAGAUCUGGUUAAGAAUAGACCAGAUACAACGGCCCUACUAAAAGAGCUCACAUACCUUCCGCUUGCUAUUGUUCAGGCAGCAGCAUAUAUUAACGAGAAUGGGAUUGCGUUCGCGGAUUAUCUAUCCCUCCUUGUAGAGCAAGAAGAGGAUGUUAUUGAUCUCCUUAGCGAGGAGUUUGAAGACGACGGGAGAUACGAUAAUAUAAAGAACCCCGUGGCUACGACGUGGCUCAUCUCGUUUGAACAGAUACGGUAUCGCGACCCUCUUGCAGCCGACUACCUAUCGUUUAUGGCGUGUAUAGACCCCAAGGAUAUUCCCCAGUCUCUUCUUCCGGCAGGAAGGUCUCGAAAAAAAGAGAUAGAUGCAAUUGGGACACUUGACGCUUACUCGUUUAUUAUUAAGCGAGUAGCAGACCAAGCUCUUAAUCUUCACCGACUAGUGCAUCUCGCAACGAGAAAUUGGCUUCAGCAAAAUGAUUUGAUCACCCAGUGGACCGAAAGGGCGAUUAUACGAUUAGAGGAAGUAUUCCCAGACGAUGACCACCAAAAUAGAACUGCAUGGAGGACGUAUUUGCCACAUGUAUGUUAUGCGCUAAUGUCUGAUGAAGCUGGCAAAGAUGGAGAAACCCGGAUUGCUCUGUCGCGGAGAUUUGGGGAGUGUCUCCUUAGUGAUGGACGAUAUAAUGAGGCUGAGGCACCGUUUGUGGAAGUAAUGGAGAGGCACAAGAGUGUUUUCGGACAGGAGCAUCCUUUCACACUGACCAGCAUGGCCAACUUGGCUUCGACAUUUUGGAAUCAGGGACGCUGGAAGGAGGCCGAAGACUUGGAGGUGCAAGUGAUGGAGACGAGUUUGAAGGUGUUAGGGCAGGAGCAUCCUUCCACGCUGACCAGCAUGGCCAACUUGGCUUCGACAUUUUGGAAUCAGGGACGCUGGAAGGAGGCCGAAGACUUGGACGUGCAAGUGAUGGAGACGAGUUUGAAGGUGUUAGGGCAGGAGCAUCCUUUCACGCUGACCAGCAUAGCCAACUUGGCUUCGACAUACCGGAAUCAGGGACGCUGGAAGGAGGCCGAAGACUUGGAGGUGCAAGUGAUGGAGACGAGAAAGAGGGUGUUAGGGCAGGAGCAUCCAGACACACUGAUCAGUAUGGCCAACUUGGCUUCGACAUUUUGGAAUCAGGGACGCUGGAAGGAGGCCGAAGACUUGGACGUGCAAGUGAUGGAGACGAGAAAGAGGGUGUUAGGGCAGGAGCAUCCUUCCACGCUGACCAGCAUAGCCAACUUGGCUUCGACAUACCGGAAUCAGGGACGCUGGAAGGAGGCCGAAGACUUGGAGGUGCAAGUGAUGGAGACGAGAAAGAGGGUGUUAGGGCAGGAGCAUCCUUCCACGCUGACCAGCAUGGCCAACUUGGCUUCGACAUACCGGAAUCAGGGACGCUGGAAGGAGGCCGAAGACUUGGACGUGCAAGUGAUGGAGACGAGUUUGAAGGUGUUAGGGCAGGAGCAUCCAGACACACUGACCAGCAUAGCCAACUUGGCUUCGACAUUUUGGAAUCAGGGACGCUGGAAGGAGGCCGAAGACUUGGAGGUGCAAGUGAUGGAGACGAGAAAGAGGGUGUUAGGGCAGGAGCAUCCUUCCACGCUGACCAGCAUGGCCAACUUGGCUUCGACAUACCGGAAUCAGGGACGCUGGAAGGAGGCCGAAGACUUGAACAUAUACGUGAUGGAGACGAGUUUGAAGGUGUUAGGGCAGGAGCAUCCAAACACACUGACCAGCAUAGCCAACUUGGCUUCGACAUACCGGAAUCAGGGACGCUGGAAGGAGGCCGAAGACUUGGAGGUGCAAGUGAUGGAGACGAGUUUGAAGGUGUUAGGGCAGGAGCAUCCUUCCACGCUGACCAGCAUGGCCAACUUGGCUUCGACAUACCGGAAUCAGGGACGCUGGAAGGAGGCCGAAGACUUGAACAUAUACGUGAUGGAGACGAGUUUGAAGGUGUUAGGGCAGGAGCAUCCAAACACACUGACCAGCAUAGCCAACUUGGCUUCGACAUACCGGAAUCAGGGACGCUGGAAGGAGGCCGAAGACUUGGAGGUGCAAGUGAUGGAGACGAGAAAGAGGGUGUUAGGGCAGGAGCAUCCAGACACACUGAUCAGUAUGGCCAACUUGGCUUCGACAUUUUGGAAUCAGGGACGCUGGAAGGAGGCCGAAGACUUGGACGUGCAAGUGAUGGAGACGAGAAAGAGGGUGUUAGGGCAGGAGCAUCCUUCCACGCUGACCAGCAUAGCCAACUUGGCUUCGACAUACCGGAAUCAGGGACGCUGGAAGGAGGCCGAAGACUUGGAGGUGCAAGUGAUGGAGACGAGAAAGAGGGUGUUAGGGCAGGAGCAUCCUUCCACGCUGACCAGCAUGGCCAACUUGGCUUCGACAUACCGGAAUCAGGGACGCUGGAAGGAGGCCGAAGACUUGGACGUGCAAGUGAUGGAGACGAGUUUGAAGGUGUUAGGGCAGGAGCAUCCAGACACACUGACCAGCAUAGCCAACUUGGCUUCGACAUACCGGAAUCAGGGACGCUGGAAGGAGGCCGAAGACUUGGAGGUGCAAGUGAUGGAGACGAGUUUGAAGGUGUUAGGGCAGGAGCAUCCUUCCACGCUGACCAGCAUGGCCAACUUGGCUUCGACAUACCGGAAUCAGGGACGCUGGAAGGAGGCCGAAGACUUGGAGGUGCAAGUGAUGGAGACGAGUUUGAAGGUGUUAGGGCAGGAGCAUCCUUCCACGCUGACCAGCAUGGCCAACUUGGCUUCGACAUACCGGAAUCAGGGACGCUGGAAGGAGGCCGAAGACUUGAACAUAUACGUGAUGGAGACGAGUUUGAAGGUGUUAGGGCAGGAGCAUCCAAACACACUGACCAGCAUAGCCAACUUGGCUUCGACAUACCGGAAUCAGGGACGCUGGAAGGAGGCCGAAGACUUGGAGGUGCAAGUGAUGGAGACGAGAAAGAGGGUGUUAGGGCAGGAGCAUCCUUCCACGCUGACCAGCAUGGCCAACUUGGCUUCGACAUACCGGAAUCAGGGACGCUGGAAGGAGGCCGAAGACUUGGAGGUGCAAGUGAUGGAGACGAGUUUGAGAGUGUUAGGGCAGGAGCAUCCAGACACGCUGACCAGCAUGAAUAAUCUUGCCCUCACAUGGAAGGGACUUGGCCGAGAUGAAGAGGCCCUUAAUCUUAUGGAAGAAUGUGUAUUAUUACUGACUAGGAUUAUAGGUACUAAUCACCCUAAUACAUUGUCUUCCCGUGCAAUAUUACUUGAAUGGCAGAUAAAUGAACUAGAGAUUGAUCCUUAGUAGAAAGAGAAUAAUAUAACUUUACCUAAUUAUCAGAUAAAUAGAGCAGUUAUCUCUUUGAAGCCAACAACAAUAAAAAAUGUUCA